UCUCUUAAGGGGGGCAACUUACCCCACCUUACCCUAUUACGAAUUUGGGAAGAGUAUUAAAAGGCAAGCAUUUUGCACAUCAAUCAGUCUUUUCCAAUUUGCAGGAGUCACGUCACAUCACAAUGGGACCGAAAAAGGAUGAGAAGGGACAAGACAAGAAGAAAAGGUCUUCUGCUGCCGCUGCUGCCUCUCCUGAUGAUGAUGAGCAACAAGAAGACACUCAAGAACAACCUGCCAAGAAAGUGAAGGGACGAUCCAAGAAGAGGUCAUUGUCUGCUACCGGGGAGACACCCCCUCCUCCAGCCCUCAUGCGUCACCAAUCCACUUGGACACAGAGCCCCAACCUGGUCAUGAUGAUGCUGUGGCCUCAGCAUCACCAGACCUUGGGAGCAGCAGCCCAGUGCCAACGCCAGGCCACAGGACCCCAGGCUGCCCAGACCACUGCCAGUGCCGGGGAUCUUCAGAUCUGUCUCCAGCCUUAGGGAAUGGAGGGCGG